CAAGUUCCUACUUGUUACUAACAUCUAUGUAAUAUUUCUAUUUUAUUCUGCUUUUACCAGAAAGGAAACGGUGUGUUGCUAAGAAUUCGGUUCAAUCUUGUUCAAUAUCGUCAAGAUGAAGUGUUUGUACGUCGGUUUUAUAUUUUUCAUAUGUAACCAUGUGACAUGGAGUCAGGAUUUAGCAUAUCCAACUGAUGAGGAGACGUCUCACGUCAGUGGUGGCAACUCUACGGUAAUAGAUGACCGUAUACCCAUAUCAAUACCAGGUCGUUGCCCAAAAGACAUGCUUCUCUAUCCAGGAGAUAGUGCAAAAGAUGCCUGGGUGUGUGAUUGUAGACCUCGAUUUUUAUAUUUUCCGUUGAACAAUUCCUGUCACGAAGCCUACAGACAAGGUCCUUGUCCACCCAAGAAUUAUGUUGUUCUUCCUGAAGAUGAUGCGAUCCCUCGUUGCGUGGAAAAUCCUUGCUUCAAGGAUGGCGAGGUUCCAUUCAAUGGCACAUGCUAUCCCCUUAGAACAAUAGGCGGUCCAUGUGCGCCUAAUGGAGUAAUAGGUGUAAACGAAACUACCUUCCAAUUGGAAUGUGUAGAAACAGAUAUUGCACCUUUCAUAAUAAUUGACCCUCCCUCAAGGACAUGUCCACCAGGUAGUCGUCGAAGCACACUCGGAGUAUGCAAAAAAGUUAAACGUUAUAAUAGAGUACGUCGGGUUGCAUCAGGAUAAUUUCGAUAAAUGUAAAAAUGUGUAUUUUGUAUUGUAAUUUAUGUACAAAAUUACAUACUUUAUA